CCCCGCGCCCGCGGAGCUGCCGCCUCGCCCCCCUCGCCCCCGGGGCCGUGGGUUCGCCUCGCCGCCCCCCCCCGGGCGCGCGCACCCCGCUUUCGGAGCCGGCAGGGAGGAUGGGCCGGGGCGCCCGGGUCCCAGGCGGCGAGGCGCCGGCGUCGUAGAGCGGAGCCCGGAGCUUUCGGAGUGCGAGGCCAGAUGUCAUAGGAUGAAGGCUGUCGGUGAGCUGCUGAUUUACAUAUUUUCCACCUGUCUCCUGGUUAUGUUUCGAUUUAACGCCGCCCAAGACUUCUGGUGUUCAACUCUGGUGAAAGGAGUCAUUUAUGGAUCCUAUUCUGUAAGCGAGAUGUUCCCCAAAAACUUUACCAACUGCACUUGGACGCUGGAAAAUCCAGAUCCAACCAAAUACAGUAUUUACCUGAAAUUUUCCAAGAAGGACUUGAGCUGCUCCAACUUCUCCCUGCUGGCCUACCAGUUCGAUCAUUUCUCCCACGAGAAGAUAAAGGAUCUGCUCAGAAAGAACCAUUCUAUCAUGCAGCUCUGUGAUUCCAAGAAUGCGUUUGUGUUUGUACAAUACGAUAAGAAUUUUAUCCAGAUUCGCCGGGUCUUCCCCACCGGUUUCCCAGGAUUACAGAGGAAAGGGAGGAGGAUCAGAAGUCUUUCUUCGAGUUCCUGGUGUUGAACAAGGUGAGCCCCAGCCAGUUCGGGUGCCAGGUCCUGUGCCUCUGGCUGGAGAGCUGCCUGCGGUGGGAGAACGGCCGGGCGGAGUCCUGCGGAGCCAUGUACACCAAGUGCUCCUGCCCCCAGCACCUGGGCGAGCUGGGCGGCGACGACCAGGCCUCGGUGCUGCUGCUGAGCAAUGUGGUGCUGCCCCUGAACGAGCAGACCGAGGGCUGCCUCACGCAGGAGCUCCAGACCACCCAGAUGUGCAACCUGACCCGCGAGGCCCGCAGGCCGCCCAAGGAA